AUGAACAUCACAAAUACCAGUCACAAACAAAGGCCAACAUUCAAAGAAUAUGGACUACUUUAUAAGGAAUACCCCGAAAUAUUGACAUGCUCAUGUAAAAAAAUAGCGAUAAAUUACGAAGAGUUUGUUCAAAUCAAUUACACAUUACAUCAAGUUUGUACCAGUGUAUUUGUAACAGAAGAAUGGUUUAAAUAUCUUUCUUAUACAUUUCCAUAUAGUGAUAUUAAUUCCGAUGACUCUCAAUGGAUAGGUCCGGCACUAUUUCAAGCAUUAGAUACCUUUUGUCAAACAGCAAAUCGAGUGAUCUCAAAUGCUUUAACUCAGUUCUAUUCAGCUCAAUAUAUUAGUGCAAUUGUUACACCGUCGCACAUAUUUACAUUACAAACUGAAACAUCCAUAAAUCA